GGCUUGAGCCCAAGGGCCGAGAGGCCAUAAGAAGCAGAAGGUGAAGGACAAGGGACACAAGAAGCCGAGCUGUUUCAGCCUCAAAAGGCAAAUGUCAUUGUGGCUGACUGGUAUGGAACACAUGGUGAUGAUCCAUACACUCUACAGUACAGAGAGUGUGGAAAAGAGGGAAAAUACAUUCAUUUCACUCCUAAUUUCCUACUAAAUGAGAAUUUAACAGCUGGCUAUGGACCACGAGGCAGGGUGUUUGUCCAUGAAUGGGCCCAUCUCCGUUGGGGUGUGUUUGGUGAAUAUAACAAUGAGAAACAUUUCUACAUAAAUGGGCAAAAUCAGAUUAAAGAAACAAGGUGUUCGUCUGACAUCACAGGCAUUUUUGUGUGUGAAAAAGGCCCUUGCCCCCAAGAAAACUGUAUUAUCAGUAAGCUUUUCAAAGAAGGUUGCAUGUUUAUAUACAAUAGCACCCAAAAUGCAACUGCAUCAAUAACGUUCACGCAAAGUUUAUCUUCUGUAGUUGAAUUCUGCAAUGCAAGUACUCACAACCAAGAAGCUCCAAACCUACAGAACCAAAUGCGUAGCCUCAGAAGUACAUGGGAUGUAAUAACGGACUCUGCUGACUUUAAUAACUGUGCUCCCAUGAAUGGGACUGAGCUUCCCCCUCCUCCCACAUUCUCCCUUGUACAGUCUGGCAACAAAGUGGUCUGCUUAGUGCUGGAUGUUUCCAGAAAGAUGGCUGAGGCUGACAGACUCUUUUGACUGCAACAAGCUGCAGAAUUCUAUUUAAUGCAGAUUGUUGAAAUUCAUACCUUUGUGGGCAUUGCCAGUUUUGAUAGUAAAGGAGAGAUCAGAGCCCAGCUACACCAAAUUAACAGCGAUGAUGACCAAAAGCUGCUGGUUUCAUUUCUGCCUACCACUGUGUCAGAUGAAGCAGAAACCAGUGUCUGUUCAGGGCUUAAGAAGGGAUUUGAGGUGGUUGAAAAACUGAAUGGAAAAGCUUAUGGCUCUGUGAUGAUACUAGCGACCAGUGGAGAUGACAGGCAUAUCGACAAUUGCUUACUCACUGUGUUCAGCAGUGGCUCAACCAUUCAUUCCAUCACCCUGGGUUCAUCUGUGGCUGAAAACCUGGAGGAAUUAUCACAUCUUACAGGAGGUUUAAAGUUCUUUGUUCCAGAUAAAUCAAACUCCAAUAGCAUGGUUGAUGCUUUCAGUAGAAGUCCCUCUGGAACCAGAGACAUUUUCCAGCAACGCAUUCAGCUUGAAAGUACUGGUGAAAUUGUUAAACCUUAUCAUCAACUGAAAAACACUGUGACUGUGGAUAGCAGUGUGGGCAAUGACACUAUAUUUCUAGUCACAUGGCAGACCAGUGGUCCCCCUGAGAUUGUUUUAUUUGAUCCUAAUGGAAGAAAAUACAACACAAAUAAUUUUACCAACAAUGUAGCUUUGCACACUGCUCGCCUUUGGAUACCAGGGACUGCUACGCCUAGACACUGGACUUACACACUGAACAAUACCGACCACUCUCUUCAAGCCUUGAAAGUGACCGUGACCUCUCGGGCCUCCAGCUUAGCUGUACCCCCAGCUACUGUGGAAGCCUAUGUGGAAAGAGAUAACACCCAUUUUCCCCAUCCAGUGAUGAUUUAUGCAAAUGUAAGAAAGGGGUUUUAUCCCAUUCUUAAUGCCACUGUAACUGCUACAAUUGAGCCAGAGACUGGAGAUCCUGUUACACUGAAACUUUUUGAUGAUGGAGCAGGUGCUGAUGGUAUAAAAAAUGAUGGAAUUUACUCGAGGUAUUUUUUCUCCUUUGCCGUAAGUGGUAGAUAUAUCUUGAAAGGGCAUGUCCAUUGGUCUCCCAGCAUAAGCUCCCUAGCCCACUCUAUUCCAGGGAGUCAUGCUAUGUAUGUACCAGGUUACAUAGCAAAUGGUAAUACUCAGAUGAAUGCCCCAAGGAAGUCAAUGGGCAGGAGUGAGGAGGAGCAAAAGUGGGGCUUCAGCCGAGUAAGCUCGGGGGGUUCCUUUUCAGUGCUGGGAGUUCCAGCUGGUCCCCACCCUGACAUGUUCCCACUAUGCAAAAUUAUUGACCUGGAGGCUAUAAAAUUGGAAGGUGAGGUGACUCUAUCCUGGACAGCACCUGGAGAAGACUUUGACCAGGGCCAGGCUACAAGCUAUGAAAUAAGAAUGAGUAAAAGUCUGCAGAAUAUUCAAGAUGACUUUAACAACGCUAUUUUAGUGAAUACAUCAAAGCUAAAUCCUCAGGAAGCUGGCACCAAGGAGAUAUUUACAUUCUUACCAAAGCUGGUCACAAAUGAGCCUGAAGAUCAAUCUGAUGGGGAGACACAAGACAGUCGCAGAAUUUACGUGGCAAUACGAGCAAUGGGUAGAAACUCCUUAGAGUCUGCUGUUUCUAACAUUGUCCAGAUCACUCUGUUUAUUUCCCAGAACUCUGCUCCUAUACUUGCCAGAGAUUGUCUUAUAUUGAAAGGAGUUUUAACAGCAAUGGGUUUAAUAGGAAUUAUUUGUCUUACUAUAGUUGCAAUACAUUAUAUUUUAAACAGGAAAAAGAGAACAGCCAAGAAAGAGAGUGGAACAAAAUUACUGAGAACAAACGUGCAGAGCGCCUUUCUUCUUAGAUAUAAGACCCAUGGCCUUUGUAUUUUGCAAAAU